AUGUCCGCCCCACAUAAUGAUACUGAAAAUCCAAGCCUUAAUAGCCUUAUCGACAAAGAGGAAUUUUCACUUCAGUAUGUGCGAUUAGAUGAUGCUAUUCGAAUGAUUAAGGAACUAGGAAAAGGAUCAAACCCUAAAAUCUUUGACAACCUGUCUAGUACUAUAUGCUGGAUUGCUGAGAACAACUACAACAUCAAAUAUCUACUACACCUGCUGGAUGAUUUUUUAGUCGUCGUGCCACCUGGUGAAGAUGCCAGCAAAGUUAUGCAGGUUUUUCUGUCAAUAUUUCAGAAACUCGGCAUGCCCCUAGCUGUACAUAAAAUUGACGGUCCGACUACAUGUCUGGAGUAUUUAGGUAUCUGCCUGGACUUAUUCAAAAUGGAGGCAAGACUUCCUGAUGUGAAAGUGAAGAGAAUAUGUGGUAUUGUUGUGGAGUUCUCUAAAAAGAAAAAAUGCUCCAAACGGGAACUGCUGAGUUUGUUAGGGCAUAUGAAUUUCGCGUGUCGCGUUAUUCGGCCUGGCCGAUCUUUCAUUUCCCAUCUAAUUAAACUGUCUACAUGUGCGAAAGAACUUCAUCAUUAUGUAACACUUAAUGCAGCUAUUCGUUCAGAUCUGGGCAUGUGGUCUAUCUUCCUUAGCUCGUGGAAUGGUGUUUCUUUCUUUAUGGAUGACAACAUCACGAAGGCAGCUGACAUGCAUUUGUUUACCGAUGCUACCCCAAGUGCUUUUGGUGGUAUUCUUGGCAACAGCUGGUUUCAAGGGUAUUUUCCUUCCGCUAUACUAGAGGAGGAUCCAUCAAUGGCCUUGUUUGAACUAUACCCCAUUGUGAUGGCUUGUGUUUUGUGGGGUCAUUCGUGGUCGCGUAAGAGGAUCUUAUUUCACUGUGAUAACCUUUCUACUGUUGACAUUAUAAGUAAAGGUCGAUCUAAGGUUCCCAGUAUUAUGAAACUCAUGAGACGUGUAACUUUCCAUUCAGCUACACACAAUUAUGUUGUCCAUGCUGUUCAUAUUGAGGGCAAACGUAAUAAUGUGGCCGAUUCACUUUCUCGUUGGCAGAUGGACCGAUUCCGUGCUUUGGCCCCCACACGCCAACCUGCAGCCUACCCCGUGCCUACCAGGUCAUGA